AAAUUGUCGCUUUCAGCUAUCUCAAGGCCACCUCCUCAUUCGCAGAUGGACUGUGGUAACGGCUUCAUGAUAAAUUUGGAACAUUCUUCAGAAAACCCUCUUGUUUGUUCAGUGUGCUCAGGUCGUGAAGUGUUUGGUAUAUUACCUGCUUGUCUGCAUGUAGUGUGUGUAACAUGUGCAGAAUAUAUGCGUAAGGAUGAUGUAUACCGUUGCAUUUUAUGCAAAGAAUCAAGCCAAAAGAUUAUCAGUAAUCCUAACAUUUGUAAUUCCGAAAACACCAAUAAGUCACCCACAUGCAAUUGGUGCCAUGACAAUGGAGAACAGACGAAAUCAAUCGGACAUUGCGAAGAUUGUGACAUAUGGUUAUGUGGAGAAUGCCUAAAGGGUCAUAACAGAAUGCCUCCAUUACGUAACCAUAACAUUACACUGCUUUCAAAAAGCGAACAUCUAGGCUCACUACGAUGUGAAGCACACCCGAACGAAGCACUAGAAUGCUUCUGUGAGGCUUGUGGAGUAUUAACUUGUCGUGACUGUCAGCUAUCAGUUCACAGAGAUCAUGGAAGCCAUCGGUGGGUUGGAGAAAAAGCUGUCCAACUAAAGGCUCCUUUAGAAGAGGGCAUUCAAAACCUCAAAGAAUCAGGAAAAAAACUAUCUUCUGCCUUACUUUGUGCUACUAGCGCUCGUACUUGCAUGGAGGACAGCUUCAUAUUCAGUGUGGAAAAAGCUCGUCAAGAUAUCAAGUCACGGACGUCUUCCCUCAUUGAUUGCAUUCAAAAUCGUUCUGAAUGCCUCUUGAAUGAACUUGACAAAAAGGCAGAUACAUAUAUUGGUCGACUACAGGAGACUGAGGAUUUGAUACGUAAGCUCCAGGAACAGAUAAAUUUUGCGUCGGCGUUUUCCAGUCAUCUCAUUCAAAAUGUAGACAAUGAUCCUGCUAGCUUAGUGCAAUUGUAUGAAACUGUCAAACUUCGACUUGAUUUACUUCAAAUACUGUCUGAACAAGUUUUAAGUGAUUCGCCGUCCGUAAUUGAUUCAUUGGAUCAAAAACUGAAAGAUCGAGUUAAAGAGUCCAGUUUAUGGUCUGAAAGUGUUAUUGGCUGGCAUACUAUGGUCAAUACACGAGCAUUGUUUCUUGGCACCUGGGAUGCUGAGGAAUUAUGCCGAUAUUCUGGAACGAUAGCAUGGUUACCCAAACAAGCUAAAAAUACCUUUUCUCUCAAGGACAAUAAUCAAACAUUUAGCAGUCAGGUAGUUGUAAAGACAGAAAAUGGAUUAUCGAAAAAUAAUGACUUUGCAAGUAAUCAACUGUCUGCUGAUACGAAUGAUUUUCUGGAUUCUCUAGCAGAAUUGGAUGGUGAUAAAUGGACAUGUGGAGAAGCUAAUGGUGAAUCUAAUUCUUCUCCAGUAGGAUGUGCUAUCUGUUUUGGAGUUGGACUACUCGCACACUGUGGGCGUUGUAACCGGGCAUAUCACUUGGAUUGUCAUUUGCCUCGGAUAAACAGUAUUUCAUUAACACCUAGUUGGGUUUGUGGUCUAUGCGCCGACGAUGAGGUUGAUUCAGCUGUUCAUGUUGAGCAGGCAGUAAAUGGAAGGUUUUCUCGCAGUGAUUAUCUAGCAGGGUGUCGAAUUUUAAUGGGUUUGCUAGUUCACGAAGAAGCUGUUCAUUUUACUGCAUCGGUUUGUCCAGCAUGUUCGGUUCCCCUUCUAUCUACUAGUCAAUCCAUGCCUCAUUGUCCUGAAGGUCAUCUUUAUCAUCGUCUUGCAGAACUUCGGUUAUACUUAGAAGAAGCAGCUUCCACUCCAAAUGGUCGUUCAGAUACAUAUUCCAAUCCUUAUUCAGACAGUAAUCAAUGUCAUUUCACUUGCCUCAGUGAUUGGCUCAUAGAGGUAGAUAAAUUUUGGUCAGAUGCUGCUAAAGAAACUAAUGUAAGUACCAUUAUAUAAUAAUAGAAAACAUUAAUAAUAGUUUGACAGAAAUAAUGCUAAUUUUCAAUACAUAAGGGUUUUUGAAGAAUUCCAUUAGCAUUACGAUUUGUUGCAGGUUUUUCAAAAUUGUGUCAAUCUCCAAGGAAUGUCAAGGUUAUUGAAAUGCUUGUUCGUAAUUUUAAGUCAUCACAUGACGUAUUAUUAUUGAAUUGAAGUGUUAGUAUAUGUGCACAAGGUAACUAAUGCUAAGGCUGUUAAAGUAACAGUUUUCAGAUGGACAAUCCCGUUUCCCGUCAAUUUCCUAACCCUGAUCGAUGAUUAAUAAAAAGGCAAAUUAGUACAGGGAAACUGAGAAAACUGUACUUCUGAAUAGAUAGAGGUAAGUUUGAACACUUGCAUUUAUUCCACAUCUCUUAUAUCUUGAGAUAAGUGUCAUUCCAUGAUUUACAUUAUUCAGUCUCGUUAGUUCUUUCUGAUCUGUAAUUCUUAUAUUUAGCUUUCUAUUAGAGUGGAUGUUUCCUCACCUCCCAUAUUUCUUAUCUUAUUAAUUUCCUCUCUCGGUUUACUUCUAUGAGGUGCCAUAAAUCAAACCAAUACACAUUCAUAUAAGACUAUACUUGUCAGUCAGUCAGCUACAACGUAGGACCAGGCACAUAUGUGCAUCGGUCCAGGUUGCCAUACCGCAUCAGCACAACAAGAUGAACACCGGAUUCAUAGCAGUGGUUAGGUCGAAGGUGGUACUAUACUUGAACUCUGCCUGACUAACUUAGAGGUUUCAUUCGUAAAUGAGGCCCAGUUAAGCUUGCAUAAUAUAUGGCACCAAACCUUGUAAGUCCAAGAGUUUUGUAUGAACUGUGACAAAUUCUUGGGCAUUGUUCAAUCAUUUCCUUGGGACAAGUAUCACAAAGUUGAAGAAUAUUGGCUAACAUGAGUAAACUAUAUUCAUUUAUGCGGUCGAUCACCAUUUUUAUUUAGAUCGCUUCAUCAAAAAUAGGUUUGAUUUUAUUUUUUUCAUCGAUUCAGGUGAUUAUGCUUUUGUUUGUUUUAGAUUCGUGGCUCCACUAAGGGGUGUCUACAAGCAGCACGUCGGCUUCGAUCUCGUCUAAACUCACUUGUUCGUGAACAUCGACCGGACUGUGAAGCUAUUUUAUCGGGCAAAACAAUAGCUAAUGAUUUGAUCAGUGAACCACUUAGUAAUAAUCCAUCUGUUGUAGAUAACUAUGUACCAGAGUCGUAUGUAUUAAAUACAUCUCCCGUUCCUGUGAAAAACGAAGUUGGUGAAUAAUAGUUCAGGAAAAGCAUCAGCACUUGUAUAACCCGGUUAACUAAGCAAGCAAGCAGUUCAAUAUACACUCCCUAGCAUAUGUACACUAUAUAUAUUUCAUAUUGUAUUAUCCCAUUUUUGUAUAUGUACAAGUAUGAUUGUUUUUGCAUAUUCCUUACUUUGUUAAGCAAGUUAUCUAUAAGCUAUUCUUUUAUUGUACACUAUACUUGAUAUUGUAUUUUAGUGUUACGUAAUCUUUUUGUUACUUGACAAUAACACUUUAUCUCUUCAUUUCCCAAAAUGUAUGGAAGCAUUUAUGUAUUUAUAUAUCUGUUGUUUCGUUGAAUGCUCUAUUUUGAAUGAUAGUUUUUAAGGAGGAUACAUAACCAAGUGCGUAAAUCGUCACCUGUUCCUCUUCUACUCUAAGGUAUCCAUAAUCUGUUUUGCAUAUGAAUAUCUUAGUUGAGGACUUCUCAUAAUAUUUUCAAGUCAGAGUCUGUGUAAAACUAUAAUUAAAACAAAUACAAAUCAACCUU